AUGGAAUCAUCUUAUCACGUGGAAGAUGUUAGUGAAGCAGUGCUUAACAAAUACGCGGAGGAGCGGAACAAACGCCUCAAGCAGCCUGGCGUUAUUCAAUAUGUCGAUAUUCGUUCGAAGGGUCUCGAAACCCUUGGUAAGGACCCUUGGGUGGACUAUGAAGAUCCGCGAGUUAAAAACCCUCCUCUCCAAGACGGCGAUCACAUCAAAUACCUCAUCACUGGUGCUGGUAUCAAUGGUGUUGUCUUUGCAGGACGACUGGUUGAGGCUGGUGCCAGUAGCAAUGAAGUUGUGUGUGUUGAUAUUGCAGGAGGUUUUGGUGGCACAUGGUACUAUAAUCGCUACCCAGGAGUCAUGUGUGAUGUCGAAGGCUAUUGCUAUAUCCCAUUUCUCGAGGAAACGGGCUAUCAACCUCGGCAUAAAUAUUCAUACGGUCAUGAGAUCAGACGCCAGAUUGAGCGAAGUGCCGAUCACUUCGGUAUUCGAGGUCAAUUUUGCACCAGCAUCGAUUCAGAGGUUUGGGAUGAGGAGAAGAAAGUUUGGGUCGUCACCAUGACCCGUACUGUUGGCGAGCCAUCGACAUCAACAACAUUCACUAUAUACUCGGAAUUCGUCCUGAUGUCCAGCGCUCCUUUCAUAUUGCCAAAGAUUCCGCAACUUCCGGGGUGGGAAGAGCUUUCCCGGAAGAAACAUGUGUUCCAUUCCUCUCGAUGGGACUAUGAGUAUACUGGUGGUACUCCCGAGAAACCUGAUCUCACAAAACUCCAAGGAAAGCGUGUCGCGAUUAUUGGUACUGGGGCGACUGCUAUCCAGAUUGUACCCGAGCUGGCCAGGUGGGCUGAACAUGUAUAUGUCGUUCAAAGGACACCAACGCAUGUAGGACCUCGCAACCAAGCCGAGACCGACCCCGAGCAUUGGGCCGAUAUCACGAGCAAGAAAGGAUGGCAGAAGAAGCGAAGAUUGGCAUUUGAUGCAUACGUUAGUAACAGCAAGGGAUACGGCCUCGAUCUGGUAAAUGACGACUGGACGCAUACCCCGGCCGGGUCUGGCUUCCUCGGCUCCAAUUCGAAGAUUGUCGCUCCUGACAAGGUCGAAGAGCACAUUAAGGAACUCCAUGCGCUAGACUUUCCGCGUACCGAAUUACUGAGAAAGCACGUCGAUGAGAUUGUCAGAGACAAAAGUACUGCUGAAAAGUUGAAAGCAUGGUAUGGAAGCUGGUGUAAGCGCCCUUCCUUCCACGACGAAUACCUCAAGACCUUCAACAAACCAAACGUCACGCUAGUUGAUACGGAUGGGAAAGGCCUCGAUCGGUACACGGAAAAUGGUAUCGAGUACAACGGCAUUGAAUAUAAGAUUGAUGUUCUUAUCCUCGCCACCGGGUUUACGCUUGACCCCGCCCUAGACCCCUCAGAGAAGAUGCGCGCUAGUAUUCAGGGACGCGAUGGCAUUACGAUGAAAGACUAUUGGCAUUCCCCGGACGCUGGGACACUCUUGGGCGUCGCAAUGCCUGGCUUCCCUAACCUUUUUGGCUUUUUCAAUCGUGGCUCAUCAGCUACGUGGAAUCAUACGUCUAGUGUGGACACAGAGGCUACGCUCGUCACGAGUAUUGUAACGCAGGCGCAAAAGCAGGCGGGACAAAGUCAACGAAUCAUCAUCGAAGCGUCGGAGGAGGGUGAGAAAGAGUAUGGUCUUGAAGUUGCUAAGAGAGCAGCUUGGUACAGCGUCAUGCCCACAUGCACGCCCGGCUACUUCAACGGCGAAGGCGCCGCUUCCUUCCAAAAGCAGGAACAGAAGACCAAGGAACAGCUUCUCCAAGAAGGGAAGAAAGUGUCAUGGGGCAGCGGGCCGGUAGACUAUAGAGAAAUGGCUGAGGAUUACGCUGCCAACAAGAACCUUAGAGGGUUUACGGUCGAGAUCGUUGCAUAG